AUGGCAGCAGCGACAACUGACAGAAAUUUUUGUGGUAUAUGCCGAAAAGCAAAAGGAAUAUCCAAAUGUGAAGGUUGUUCAAAAAUCUUUUGUUAUAAUCAUUUCGUUGAUCAUCGUCAAGAAUUAAAUCAACAACUAGAUGAAGUUGAAGUUACUCGUGAUAUUUUUCAACAAACACUAAGUGAACAUGCAUCAGAACUAAAAUAUCACAGUUUAGAACAACAAAUUAAUGAUUGGGAACGUGAUUCAAUUGAAAAAAUUUGGCAAACAGCAGACGAAGGAAGAAAACUAUUACUAAAAUAUACAGCUAAAAGUAUUACCGACAUAGAAAUUACAUUGAAUCAAUUAACUGAACAAUUGAAACAAAGUCGUCAAGCAAAUGAUUUUGUUGAAACAGAUCUAUGUCAAUGGAAAGAGCAACUUAUUCAACUAACCGAUGAACUUAAUAAACCGUCGAAGAUUACUAUUCGACAAGAUUCAAAAGCACUUGUGAACAAAAUUUAUGUUGCUAUAUCAACUGGUAAGUGUUGUUGA